AUCCUUCAAAUUUUGGAAAAUUUAUUUGAAAAUCUCAGAAUUUGCGUUAAUGGAGAUCGCUCCAUCUUCAAGUAGAUUCAAGCUCUACGAUCAAUUUGAGCUUCUAGAGUUUCCUGACAAGUACGUCGUCAAACCCGUCGAAUCGCCUGAGGAAGGCUUCUCCGUCGAUCGGCGCGAUGGAAACAUCAAACCUCUUGAUGAAAACGCAUCUUCUGGGAAUCCUACUAAAGUAUCUACUAUAUAUGGCGUAGGAGGAACUAUUAGGCUCUUGGCAGGAACAUACUUGCUCGUUAUAACGUCUCGGGAGGAAGUUGGGAAUUUUCUCGGUUUUCCGAUUUUUAGAGUUACGGCUAUGAAAUUCCUACCUUGCAAUGAGGCUUUGAGGUUUGCUACUGCUCAAGAAAAAAAGGACGAAACAUAUUUUAGGACUCUGUUACAAGCACUUGAGACAACCCCUGGAUUGUAUUUUUCAUAUGAAACAGAUCUAACAUUGAACCUGCAAAGAAGGUGCAAGCUAGCUGAAGGUUGGAAGCGUAAGCCUAUGUGGAAGCAGGCUGACCCCCGAUAUGUUUGGAACUGGCAUCUUUUGGAGGAGUUAAUUGAAUGCAAACUGGAUGGUUUUAUUAUUCCUCUACUUCAAGGAAAUAUCCUUUUCUUUAUCUUCUUAAUCUUCUGUUUCGCUUCUUCUUGGACUGUUUAUAUAUUUGCUGAGCUGAAGCUCAAGAAUUCUCCUGCUGUGAUAUCGAUAAUUUCCAGGCGCUGUACACGACGUCUAGGUACACGUAUGUGGAGAAGAGGAGCCAAUCUUGAAGGGGACACUGCUAAUUUUGUCGAAUCUGAACAAAUAAUGGAGAUUAAUGGUUUCAAGUUCUCAUUAUUGCAGGUUCGAGGUUCAAUCCCACUUCUUUGGGAGCAGAUUGUUGAUUUGAGCUAUAAGCCACGGCUUAAGAUAAAUAAGCAUGAAGAGACGCCAAAAGUUGUACAGCGCCAUUUCCAUGAUCUUUGCCAAAGAUAUGGAGAAAUUAUUGCAGUUGACCUAACAGAUCAGCAUGGAGAUGAAGGUGAAUUAAGCAAAGCAUAUGCCACCGAAAUGGAGAAGCUUCCAGAUGUGAGAUAUGUCUCCUUUGACUUCCAUCAAAUCUGUGGAACUACAAAUUUCGACAACCUGGGGGUACUGUAUGAGCAGAUUGGGGAUGAAUUUGAAAAGCAAGGAUAUUUCCUUGUAGACGCAGACGAGAACAUCCUAGAAGAGCAGAAAGGCGUUAUCAGAUCUAACUGCAUCGACUGUCUUGACCGCACAAAUGUUACUCAGAGUUACAUGGGCCAGAAAAGUGUGAAUCUACAACUUCAAAGGAUCGAAGUGUUUGAUUCCACAGAGUGUAUAUCCACGUUUGAAGAAGAUUACACAAAGUUCAGAACAAUUUGGGCUGAGCAAGGGGACGAGGUUAGUUUGCAAUAUGCCGGGACCUAUGCUCUUAAGGGCGACCUCGUAAGGUACGGGAAGCAGACUAUGACUGGAGCUAUCAAAGAUGGCCUCAGUGCGAUGUCGAGAUAUUAUCUGAAUAAUUUCCAGGAUGGUGAUGCUUUGGAUCUCAUAAGUGGUCGCUACACAGUGGGCACACACAGCCCUUCACAACUCCAGCCCAUUGGAUCACAACCGUCUUUUCUGCCGGUAGCAUCAGCAUUGUUGAUAGGUGGUGUAACAGUGACAUCUUUCACAAUUCAUCAAGCGGGAAGAAACACGCAGCAGUAUCUGGCGUCAGCAUUGUGGGCUGGAGUGACUGCAGGAGUUGUGGCAAUGAUCAAAGCCAAUGGAAGGCACUUGUGCUCAAGGCCUCGUCUUUGCCAUCUCAUUUGAUUAAUAUUAUCUGAGAUUCUCUGUGUCUCACAUUCUUCCCAAAACCCAAGCCCACUGUCCCUCUUUUCAACGUCCGCAUAAAAAAAAAUUCGAACUAAAAGUCCAUAGUACUGAACUUCUUAAUACAAUGCAAUUAGUAGU